AUGACAUUUGACCCAUCACGUCACCGCCAAUGUGACAGUGCGACUUUUGUUAAUGCUUCUCGAGCGCUGCGAGUGACUGCAUUUUGUCAAGAAGAUGAGCACGAUUAUGAAGCUCAAAACAUGUUCAAUAAAAAAUGUGGCAAAGCAACAUGGACUGUAAUUUUUGAGGAUUCUGUGGAUAAAGACGCACUUCGUUCUCUGACACCACUGCAGUCCCCUCCACCGCCACCAUCUUUCAAAGUUCUGCAGAGGACACAUCGGGUCGUUUGUCUCAUCCUUGAUGUCUCAGGAAUCAUGCAAGACGCUAGAAUUCUUCAACAGCGACAGGCUGCCACACAUUUCCUGCGGUACAUCAUUGAAGAUCAAGCCAGUGUUGGAAUUGUAACCUUUAGUACUUAUGCUUCUACUCUGCGAUCCUUGACUAUUAUUGACAGUGAAAACACACGAGAGACUCUUAUCCAAUCGUUACCAACAGUAGCAAGUGGAUCUACAAACAUGUGCUUGGGCCUUAGUCAAGGCUUACAGGUACUUCAAAACGACAAUGGGGAUGUAUUAGGAGAUGAAAUAAUUUUUCUGACAGAUGGUCAGGCAACAGACGACAUUGCUGGUUGUGCUCCAUCUGCAAUACAAAGUGGUGCCAUUAUACACACACUAGCUUUUAGUAACAGUGCAGCUAGUGCACUGAUAGAAAUGGCGAACAAAACUGGGGGAAUAUUUUUCAUGGCCAGAGAUGACAUGAUCUCCAACCAGUUAAUGGAUGCGUUUGCCUCGCUAACAUUAUCAACUGGUGAUUACACAAAAGAACCAGUUCAGCUCGAGAGUGUUGGAGCAAGAACAUCUGGUUGGUUCAACGGGACAGUAUCAGUGGAUCAGACUGUUGGGAACAAAACCAGCUUUGUAAUAAUCUAUGAAAAAAGUUUUCCUAGUGUUUACAUACAAUCACCAAGUGGCUCAAUCUACACUCAGACAAAUAUGAGUCAUGAUGGAUCGCUCAACAUAGUCACUUUAAACAUUCCAGGAACUGCAGAGCCUGGGGACUGGAAGUACAGUAUCCAAACCUCCUCAAAUCAGGCUUUCACUAUAACAGUAACGAGUCAAGCGCCAGAUGAUGUGAUUCCUCCUAUUAUUGUAAAAACCCACAUGAACCAGCAGUUCAAUGACGGCUCUAAACCCAUGACAGUGUUUGCUGAGGUUAGUCAGAAUUACAGGCCUGUAAUAAAUGCUGAAGUGUGGGCUACACUGGAGUCGGAAACUGGGUCCGUGCAUACAUUACAACUCCUGGACAAUGGAGCAGGAGCUGAUGCUUUCAAAGAUGAUGGCGUCUAUUCCAGAUAUUUCACAAAGAUGGUAAACGGGAGAAGUAGCUUGAAAGUAAGAGUGAAGAACCAAGAGGGACAAACCAGAUUUGCUGCCGAGUAUGUACCUGGAUAUGUGAUAAACGGUGUAGUGCAGCUGAACCCUCCAAAGCCUCCAGGUUCUGAGGAACCUCUUGAGGUGGGAAACUUCACCAGAACAGCCACCGGAGAGAGUUUUGCAGUGAAACUUUCAGACACAACUCCACCAAACUUCCCUCCCAACAGAAUCACAGAUCUGAGUGCGGAGAUCCAGGAGGACACUGUGCUUCUGAGCUGGACGGCACCUGGAGAGGACCUCGACCAAGGAACAGCUAAAUCCUAUGAGAUCAGGUGGAGCUUUGACCUUGAUAUGCUUCGAGGCAGCUUCAGCAAUGGUCAUGCAGUCAAUACAGCAGGCAUCUCACCUCAGAAGGCUGGAUCAGAUGAAAAGUAUGCAUUCAAACUCAAUUUCCAAACCGAAAAUUGCACCACAGUCUUCUUUGCGGUUCAGUCUAAAGACAAUCAAAAUGUAUCAUCUGAAACCUCCAACAUUGCUCCAGGUUCAAUGAUCCCCCCUGGUCCAAAACCCCCAGGAGAAUCAUACCCAUGCAUGAAUUUAAUAAUUCUUGUAAUUUCUCUGUGUGUGGAAACUAUGGUUAUAUGCUUUAUUGUUCCUUUAACCAGAAGGGUGGUGAAAUGCAGGAAACACUUUGCUGAAAGGAAAGUGGCAUUAACAAUCGCAAACAAAUUUCAAAUCAAUCCCUAUGCCUAAUUUGAACAUAACUAUGUACAUCCAACAGCUUUAUAAUGUUUCUU